GGACUGACCGAGAACGUUUAUCGCACUAUUCACUUAAGUGCGUCUCUCGUUCUCGAGCACCCGCAAGGGCGUUUUCGGCCUUCCCUCUCGCGCACAAGCGACAAUGCUGGCACUGUCCAUCGACCUCCUCCUCCUGCUCGAAGAAACACGCGUCCAGGCGUUGUCUUUCCUGGGUCUUUGCGCGGCGUACCUGCUUCUCUCGCCGUUCUGCCGCAAUGUACGACAAGCUUCGUGGAUCGUCACGACAAUCGCAGCGGCGGUCGUCACUGCGUUUAGUCUGCCCUUUGUGUGGGACUAUCUCGGGGGCAAGGGGAGCGUCAAUGCGCUGUUGCCCCGCACCGCGCUCGCGGUUGGGGUCAAUCGCUUCUUUCAGGGCUACCUCUCAUCGGAUCUCUUUCUCGGUGUUCUUUGCUACCGCUCGGAGGUUUCGUUCCUCACCGGAUGGCUCCACCACACGAUCUAUCUGUUCAUAACUCAGCUCGCCAUUAGAGCAGACUGGGCACAUCUGUUUUGCUUUGCUGCGUUCAUGGAGUUCCCCACCGUGAUCCUCGGCGUCGGCAGCCUCGUACCACAGAUGCGCUCGAACAUCCUGUUCGCUGCAACCUUCUUCGUGACCCGCAUCGUGUUCCACUCUGUGCUGAUAUGCACCUUCGCCAUGCCUCAGUACCGGCCGAGCGGGAGCUUAGUUCCGUCCGGCAUCCUCGUUUCUGUGCUUCCAUUACAUCUUCUGUGGUUCUCGGGCUGCAUCCAGGGCUUCCUUCGGCGAGCGAAGGCCCGCGCUGCCGCCCCGCUGGCUGCGCACACCGAUACCAAGAAGCUUCUGGUGCACAUGGCCUCCCCCCCUCCGCUUGUCAGCACCCGUCCGAAUGCCCUGCACCUGCGUCGCCUGCGGGUGCGGGUGGGCCAGUGGGGCCCUCGCGCGAUCCUCGAAAACGCCAAGGCCCACGUGGACAACAAGAACUGGGUCGAGGGUGUCCGGGACGGGAGCCUGAUCGAUGGGUUCCGAGACAGGAUGCUCGAGCGGAUGCGCUCGCGGCUGGCUUCGAGACGGCCUAUUCGGCCUCGCGCUCUUGCCAUGGGUCGGAGAGUGAGUGCCGGGCUGAUCCAGGUUUUAGUUCCUGGCCGCGAUGUCGUCUUGGACUACGUUGGGCUGGGUCGCCCUUCAUAGCCAGCUAAUUGGCUGCUAGAUUAUGAUCCAUGUCGAUGUUCUGGGAUGCUGGAUACAGCACUUGAUGUUUUCGGAUAGAUGUUGCCAGCGUUGACAUAGAUUGUAGUACCUACUGGGUACCCACUUAUAUCCUUUACGACCUCUGUAAUGACAUUCAUGAUCAAGUCCUUUGUAAUCUCACAGAUCAAUGCACCUGAUAUCAGUUCUG